AUUAUCCAGAAAAAUUGAUAAGAAAAAAACGUGAAAAUUUGAAUUUAAUUAGUUGAUUAAUUAAAUUAAUUAAAUAAAAAACAGAGCUCUACUGAAAUUCAUUAUUUUCAGUUCAGUGAGUAAAUAUGGCUCCUAAAGUGAAACAACCUUGGGAAGAUCUGAACUACAUAAAAAGAAAAAUGAAAAAACAGAAAACAGAAGCAAAAUUGAUAAAGUCCACCAAGCAAAAAGAAGAGAAACCUCCGGAAAAAACUUCAGUUGCAGAAACACCUACUUUGAGUAUCGCUCUUCCGGGUUCAAUUUUAGAUAAUGCUCAAUCUCCUGAAUUACGUACAUAUCUAGCUGGUCAGAUUGCCAGAGCUGCCUGUAUCUAUAAAGUAGAUGAGAUCAUCGUAUUUGAUGAUUACGGUCAAAUUGAAAAUGCGUACACUGCAGCAACAGACAAGAAAACAAAAUGUUGCGAGCAAUUAGCUACAAUUCUACAGUAUUUAGAAUGUCCGCAGUAUCUGCGCAAAUAUCUAUUUCCGAUUCAGAGUUCGUUGAAGUAUGCUGGACUGCUGAACCCUCUGGAUGCUCCUCACCAUAUGAGAAAAGGUGACCAAUUUCAAUUCAGAGAGGGUGUUGUGUUGACUAUACCUCCAAAACCAGGUCGUGGUUCUUUUGUAGAUGCAGGCCUUUUUAAGCCAGUGAUUGUCGAUAAGGUUCUGGAACCUCACUUCCGGGUAACUGUGAAAUUAAGUCCAAAAGCGUACGAAACGACAAAAAAUGGAUUCGGCACCGUAGUGUCUCCUCUGACGCCAAAAAAAGAAACCGGAAAAUAUUGGGGUUAUACAGUAAGAAUAGCAAAUUCACUCAAUGAAGUAUUCACCAAAUCACCGUAUUCGAAUGGAUAUGACUUAACUCUUGGAACCUCUGAUAAAGGCGCAUGUGUCGAUGAGAUUGACCUCAAAUCCAAAUCAUAUACUCACGGUUUAAUAGUCUUUGGAGGAGUGCAAGGAUUAGAAUACGCAUUGGAAAACGAUAACGCUUUAGAAAUUGAUGACGUUUCCUUAUUAUUCGACCAUUACAUCAAUAUUUGUCCGGAACAAGCCUGUCGAACUAUUCGGACAGAGGAAGCAGUUUUAAUAACUUUGGCAGAAUUACGUACAAAGAUUAGUCCGAAUAUGAAUGAUUCCGUUGCAAAUAUUCCUACUACUAUGGAAGAAGAAAGCAGUUGAAAACCGUUUUUUGUAUGAAAUAAUGUAAUUAUCAUGUUAGACCAUGUUUAUUUAAAUUUUGCUCAACUUUUUAUAUUGUGAUGUGUUUCUGCAAAUAUAAUGGAUGAAAAGAUUUUUUUAAUGUACCCUGAUAUGUAUUUUUAUUAUCGAAAUAAAUUUGUUGAAACAUCA